AUGCUUUUACUCUCUAACUACAGAGUUACUUCUACUUUUUUCUAUCGCGAAGCCCGGCGUGUGACAAAGUGUUCGAGAGAUCGCGAAUUAGUUCCACGGUCCAAGACAAAGCAAGGAAUUCGAUACCUGCGAGUCUACCUUCAGUUGUUCUCUGAUCGCUACUGCCUGUCCUGCAUCCGUGUGGCCGCACACAUGCUUUUAGAUCUUCGUCCAAGUUGCCUGUGUCCCCUUCCAAAGCGAAUGCCCGCUUCCUCACAUACACGCCUUUCUGAUUCGGGCAGAGUGAAAGUCGAAAUGUCUUGCGAGCAACCAACCUUUCCGUGGUGGCUGCAUGCGAAUCCUGAUUGCUCGUUCUUUUCGGCCAACUCCCCGGCGGCUCCCGUCAUCGAACUAGAGGCUGUUUAUGGGCCCUCUGUGACUCCAACUUGUCGAGAACCUCGUACGGCAGAAAUCCCAGAAAUUCUUGAAGACAGCGACACAGAGUCUUCCGACCCGCGUGCCACCUCCCGGUUUUUUCGCGCGAGAGAUCGGUGGAUUCCGGAGUCACCAACAAGAGCGUCAAAGUGCGUCGGGCCGCUCUGUACAGUUUGUGGAAGUUUCAGUUCGGACCACCUCACUCCUGCGAGGGGAGAACUCGGUCUCGCAAGGGACGUUUUCGCUUCAGAAAACGCGGCGAGAGAGAAGCACGUCUCUCCAGGUGAGCGUUAUUUGCGUUUUGUUUGCAGCCCUGUUCCAACGCCUUGGCUCUCUGACUCGGAGCACUUGCCUUGCUCUGUUGAGUCCCAUUCUGUUCCAGUGGCGUCUGCGAACCAAAACGAGAGGCCGCACCUCCGGGCGAACGCCACCGCACGCAGGGAAGGUCCCACAGAGAGCAGCUGCGUACGCGGAAGGCCGCUGGGUGGCCGCGAGCACGAACGCGUAAAUGCUCACAGGCUCGCCGACCCUCAGAAGCUGGAGAUUGGUGGCGGCCCAAACCCUGAGAACGUUUACUCUCCGCACUCACACCCACCGCUCGGCACCGACUCAUCUGUAUCUUCUCGUCGCGUCGGGAGCUCUCCCCCUUCUUUCGAUCGGUCUUUUGAAGCCGAUUCGUUUCGGCGGUGGCCUCGACAAGCUGACCCAGCAUCGAGGCGCGCAUGCACUCCAGGCGGAGACUCUCUGGAUGCUUCGCGGGAUGUCACUGGCACCCACCUCCUUUGUGCCCGUUCCCUACCGUGCGUUAUCUGCCGAAAACUCCCCACCUUCCAGAAACAUGCUGCGUCGGUGUCAAGAUGCCCCCAGGAUUUAUCGGAAGCGGGUGAAACCUGUAGCUGCAGUCGGAGUUAUUCGCGCAGUGACGAGCGGCCUAUACACGAAGAAGAGCCCACCUGGCUAAUACACGAAGAAGACCCCAGCUGGCUCAUAUGCACAGACACUAGUCCGCGAAUACACGAAGACUCCAGCGGUGGUGCGCUUCGUGAUACACAGCCACUGGAGGCUUGCGGGACUCGAGGUCGAGGAAUAUCUUGGAGUCGCACAUGUUGUCGCUGCUCUUUGAAGUGCAGCAGGCCUUGCUCAGUAGAGCAACCAGGGAAGCCGACGAGCGUGCGGUUUCCUAUGCAAAGCCAGCCCGAGACAAUGUGGCGUUCCACUAGUGCGGCGCAUGGAGACUCUAGUGGAGAUUCGAGAGGAUGUGUGUCGUCUGCUUGCUGUGUUUGUCCGGCGAGACCGUCGUCCGCGAGAGCACCGAAAACACCGACGUGUAGAGCCCAAGGAACCAGACCCGACUCGUGGUCUCACAGUGUAGAACAGAGGCCGCAAGCGGCCCUUUCCCGUUGUGUGGACUGCGAGUUUCAUGCGAAGAAAAGUGGCGAUUCUCGUCUGCCUUUCCUUGGAGGCAGCGCGAGAGCGAUGCAGUUCGAACCACAUAGUUCUCGCAUCUCAGAGCAGUGUCCUCAAGGAACUUCAGGCGCGCCGUGGGGGAUAGAAGGAUGCACAGACGCAUGCAAAGUGGAGUUGGCCACAAGGAAGAAACGUUCUCGAGGGAGACUCGAGCAGAGGCGAGCUUCGAACUCCAGCCUGAGAGAAGCGUUUCAGCACACUCGAGAAGGCGUCGACUGGGAGGCGACGAAGAGGGCGAUUGCGGAGGAGCUUGCAGAGAUCACUCGGCUGAUGCAAGGGCAAACUUUCGCGAUCCACGAACAGGGGCGAAACACACGGCAGCUCUUGGGGCGGCUGAAUGAGCAAAAGCAUGCGCUGGCGCAAGAUCUUCAAGGUCUUGCCAGUAGCCUCCUGAACGAUGCUGUGAACAGAGUGAUGACAGUGUCCUCGGAGCAACAACGCAGGCUUCUCGUUCUGUCUCAGAAAGUGGCUGAGACGCUUGAGGGCCUUGAGUUUCCACCUAGGCGAGAGAGACAGGAGCUCAGCCACCAGCGACACGCGCCCGUAUCGGAAUCGACAAAGAGUUCUCUUUGUCGGGGACACAUUUGCUCGAAACGCUUUCUUGACCGAAUUCGCGUCCUGCAAGAAGAAAACACUCGCCUUGUCGAUCUUCUUCGACGUCUCCCGUCGCCCAAGGCCUCUCAACAAGCCCCCAGAGGUUUUGUCCCUGAAACCGUCUCGCGUUCGUCGACGCAUGCAGCCGCUCCAACCGUAAAACUCCUCAACUCUCGACCCGCCUCCCUGCCCUCCAUGCGAGCGGUUCCAGGUGCUGAGCAAAUCGACUCAAAACUUCCCUCCCUAACAAGGUUCCGUUUGUCGGGGAAGACUCGCGUCGACGCUCGUAGGCCUCCGUCGACCAAGCCUCGCAGCGACAUGGGGGCCGCCAAAGCGGAGCCUUCGGAGUCUGCGGCUUUCUCUGACCUCGAGGAAGAACGACACCUCUCGUGGCGACUGGCCGCGAGACGCCGGGAAACAAAAGGAAGAAGGGUCACGGCAGAACGCGCAGGGCGGCUUGCGUCUCGACGACCGGCGGUUUGUGACGAUGAAGGUAGACAAGAAGCGAAGUUGUGUUUGGGGGGUCAGGGGGCUGUGACCGGAAGGCCCGACUUCCCCGCCAGAGGCGGCCAGGAUGGAGCAUCGCGGGAGGGUGCUUUCUCCGCUCCUCACCCACUGCCGCUUUCAGCAUCACCUGCUUCUGCACUACUUUGCUCAACGUCACCUUCGCUUCCACUGCCUUGUGUUCCGCAGCCUUCCGUCUUAUGGGGUGAGGGAAGAAGCAGCGAGGCGGGAAGCGCUGUCGACACAGGGGCUGGCAGAGCACGUGUUUCACAGAGAAGGACGUCCCAGGGAGCGUUCCACGGGAGGGCACCCGAAUUCGAUGGGGAGGAGAUCCUUCAAGGCUUGAAACGAAGGCUUGAACCAGAAAGGGCCGUGUCGACAGAAGAUGAAGACGAUUUGCAGACGACAGCCUUGCGAGAGGCCGAGGGUUUGCUCGACCUGGAACGGCGGACCAGUUCUGUUGCGUGUUUCGAAGAAACGGCAGAGAAAGAAGACGGAUACGCUGUCAGUUCGGUUUCCUCCGCGACCGCAGAUCGCGGAACAGCGACGAACCUAACCGAAUGUGAAAGUCACUCUGUUUCUGCUUCAGCCCCUGUGCCCCCUGAUGCCGGCGAAGAAACGCCUUUCUCUGCAGCAAGAGGCAAAACGUAUUCUCGCGGUUUGGGCGGAGCUGUGGAUUCGCUUCAAAAGAGAGAGUCGGCUCCCGAUUUUGACGGCUUGGAGGGAAACAGGGGUUACUGGAAAAGGGAACACACAGCGGGGCAAAAAAUGCAUGAACGUCAGAACAGCUUUCAGCCGCCUAGAUCGACACAAGAGCCUUCAGGGGACCCUAACGAACGUGAAAGAAUCGGAACGGAGGCAGAUGGAGAAAACGACUGUGGCAUUUCGUUCGACGCCUUUCCACGCAGUUCUCGGGAACUGAGCAAUCGAGUGGCCGAGGCGAUUAAGCGUCUCUCGGCGAGGGCGGUAGAUUGA